AUGCACCCAAAAAUACACAAGGAACGGAGAAAGGCAAGAGCUGACUACUACAGAGUAAAGAUGGAAGGAAGAGAGAACGUCAUGUACACCGAUGCUACGGCGUAUGGUAGCAACAAAGUCGCGGUUUGCGUCGGGCAUGACGGAAAAGAGCUGGACAGUUUGUCAUUGAAAGACGCGACAAUGACGGAAGCAGAGGAGGCGGCAAUCGCAAUGGCGAUCAGAGCGGGAAAGGGCCACACGUACAUUCUGACAGACUCGCAGAAUGCGUGCAGGAAUUAUAUGAGAGGCAAAGUGUGCGCUACUGCCGCGAAAAUCCUAGAGAGAGCCGUAAACGGUUCGUCAACUUUCGAAAUUAUCUGGGUCCCGGGGCACGAGGGUAUUCCAGGUAACCAGGCUGCAGACCUUCGGGCCCGUGGAUAUGUCGACCGGGCAGAAGCGAGGCAGUGGGUGUACUCCGACAUGCUGGACCACUUCAAGGCCCAGAGGAGACAGUACGGGCUCCCGUGCCGGGAGCUAAGCAAAGCCGAGAGUACUGCCUGGCGAAGGAUCCAGGCGGGCAACUACACUAACCCGGUGCUCCUGAAACACAUGGGGCGCAGAGACGACGACGGCUGCAAACACUGCGGGCAAAGAGCCACUUUCUCGCACAUGGUGCGGGCAUGCCCGGACACUCCAGGGCUUGGCGACACUAUUGACGACCGGCGGUGGGAAGAGAUGCUGCGCAGCGAGGUCUACAAGAUCCAGGUACACCUGAUCAACCGGACCAAGCUAGCAGCAAGCUCCCAAGGGAUCCCGGACUAG